UAAGGCGGGGCGCUGGGUGUGCGCCCAGCUCCGCCAUUGACGCCUCCAGCUGCGCAGCUCCACGGUCACCAUGCCGCCCUACACCAUCGUCUACUUCCCGGUCCGAGGGCGCUGCGAGGCCAUGCGCAUGCUGCUGGCUGACCAGGGCCAGAGCUGGAAGGAGGAGGUGGUAACCGUGGAGAUCUGGCAGAAAGGCUCCCUCAAGGCCUCCUGUCUCUACGGACAGCUCCCCAAGUUCCAGGACGGGGACCUCACCCUGUACCAGUCCAAUGCCAUCCUGCGGCACCUGGCCCGCACCUUUGGACUGUAUGGGAAGAACCAGGAGGAGGCAGCUCUGGUGGACGUGGUAAAUGACGGUGUGGAGGACCUCCGCUGCAAAUACGCAACUUUCAUCUACACCAACUAUGAGGCGGGCAAGAAUGACUACGUGAAGGCUCUGCCCACCCACCUGAAGCCUUUUGAGACCCUGCUGUCCCAGAACCAGGGAGGCCAGGCCUUCAUCGUGGGUGACCAGAUCUCCUUCGCUGACUACAACUUGUUGGACUUGCUGCUGAUUCACCAAGUCCUGGAUCCCAGCUGCCUGGAGAACUUCCCCCUGCUCGCAGGCUACACGAAGCGCCUGGUAGCUCGGCCCAAAAUCAAGGCCUUCCUGGACUCCCCUGAACAUGUGAAGCGUCCCAUCAAUGGCAACGGCAAGCAGUGAGGGGAGGGGCCUGCCAAACGUUCCCCAGGACCAAUAACAUUCUCCAAGUUUGAA